GUGGGUGUUAUUCCGAGAGAAAAAUUAGAAUAUUCAUCAGCAAUCAUACAUCCAAGCAAUUGAGUACUUAUUCCAUAAAUUUACACUCGGUGUGGCCGAAUGCUGCUUACAUAAAGAGGAAAUGGAUUAUAGAAGGAAACGUACUCUGCGAGUGGCAUUUGAAGACAAUGUGAUUCAAACUUUGAACAGUUGAAUGCUUGUGCUCUCACGACAAAGGAGAUGAAUUGAUGAAUUCGUAUCGAUUGGCAUAUUUUACAUCCAUGGCACAAGAAUUUCAGUCGCUCAUGACGGUGAUACGGUGUCUCCAGUCAAAACAUUCGAAAUAAUACCAAUUGAAUUUUACUCUAGCGUGUAUCAGCUUGAAAACUUGAAUCAAUAAAUUUCAGGGAUGUUAAGAAUGGGAUGCAAUUGCUACUUUGUGUGUUUUGAAAUGUUCCUUUAAAAUCUUGAUAAAAGCAUGUUUUCAAAGACGGUAUUAACUGAGAUACUGCGACUUGAAUUACGAUUAGAAAGGAACUCUCCAGAUAAUUAGUGUACUAAUUUUAUGUGUGUUCUAUAUUAGCCAAAUGUCGGAUUCUUAAAGAAAGCUUUAAAUAAUUAUAUCGGAAUUCAUUUAAUGGAAUAUGUCGACAAUAAAAAGGGCCUACAUGGAAAUAUCAAACGGAAUUCGUGGUUUGCGAUUCAGGAGCGACCAGCAAUCACAACAGACCAGCAACCAAAGUCCCCAGGGUGCCCGAGAGGGCCAAUUGACCCAGAGGUUUAAUGUGAACGGCAGCGGGGCCAUGAAUGUGCGAAUCGUACGGUCCCCCAAGCCGCUUAUCGCAAGAAAAAUUCGGAGCUUAUUCAGCAAGAGCCAGCCGGACACUAUCUUGGAACUAUUCACAGACGAGCGUUUUCUGGCGAAGUUCUUUAGCUAUUUUUCUCCCGAAGAACGAGGGACGUUGUGUCAGGUAUGCAGACUGUGGAAAAACGUGUUGUAUCAUCCCAAAUUCUGGGUAGAUGUAACCCCCAUUAUUGUUUGCCGUGAGCUUAGCCAGAAGGAUGACCAGAGAAGCAAGUUUUAUGAGAGUCUUCAACAAAGGGGAUUUGACACCGUGUGUCUCUUUGGCGCCACUGACAACGAUGUUUCAGAUUUUGUUGCUCAUUUUCAAACGUACAAGAAACAAAUAAAAGCCAUAAGUUUACGCUGUUCAAAUGUGACUGAUACGGGUAUAGAGAUUUUAUUUAAGAAACUGCCUUGUUUGUACAAAGUUGAACUUUCAGGUUGUAACGAAAUCACAGAGACUGGUUUAUGGUCAUGCUUGAACCCUAAAAUUGUGUCUUUGACAAUAAGUGAUUGCAUCAAUGUUGCAGACGAUACAGUGGGGGCCAUUGCACAGCUACUUCCGUCUCUUUUUGAACUAAAUCUGCAGGCCUAUCACGUGACUGAUGCCUCUUUGGCCUUCUUUAGCGCCAAACAGGGAUAUAUUUUGUCAAUUUUAAGACUACAUUCCUGCUGGGAGAUCACGAAUCAUGGCAUUGUCAAUAUUGUACAUUCCUUGCCCAACCUGACUGUGCUGAGCAUGUCGGGUUGUAGCAAAAUAACUGACGAUGGAGUCGAACUCAUCGCUGAAAAUCUCAGAAAACUCCGAUCCCUAGACCUCUCAUGGUGUCCACGUAUCACUGAUGCUUCGUUAGAGUACAUUGCUUGUGAUCUGAGCCAACUGGAAGAACUCAUUCUUGACAGGUGCUCUCGAAUUACGGAUAUUGGUGUCGGGUACCUGUCCACAAUGACGUCAUUACGUCGCUUAUUCUUACGUUGGUGUACACAGAUUCGAGAUUUCAGCCUAAAGCACAUUUAUUCCAUGAGAAAUCUUCGCGUGCUGUCUCUUGCAGGAUGUACUCUGGUGUCUGGACAAGGAUUGUGUGGGUUGACACAGUUACAUAACUUAGAUGAAUUAGAGUUGACCAACUGUCCAAGUGCAUCUCGAGAAGUUUGCCUUUACCUUCGAGAAAACAUGACACACUGUCUUGUGGUGGACUAAGUGAUAUCCCUUGCUCCCGAAAAUCACAUCGUUGCAGGUUUAAAACGCCGAUGGGUAAACUGCUCCAGGAUACUCACUCACCUAGCUUGAAUUUAAUGGAAUUGUGAAUGAUGAAGACCCAUAAAAACGUCUCAAAGGGUCACCUGACUAUCAUCUUCAGAAAUCACGUGAUCACAGUAUGGGUUUCCGGAUUACAGAUUCUGAGAUUACAUAUCUUUGUUUUUCCUCUUUUGUAACUAAAACAUCGACAACACUGUUUUUUUAUGCUAAAAUUCCGUAUUUGAAUUUUUAAACUUUCUUAUUUCAUAUUUAUUUUAAGAAUAUUUCCAGUUUAAUUCAGCUUUAUUCCCUUUUGACAGACCAAUUUGUACAGAAUGCUUGUUAUCACUGAAAAUAAAUGAUGAAAAAAAAAU